CCCAGCCAUGGCUCUGUAGCCGCGACACCGUCGAUCCCCCUGACCCGUACCCGCGCUCACCGCGCCUGCGCUCUUCGCUCCCACCUUCUUUCUUCAGCCGAGGCCGCCACCGCCGCCGCCUCUCUUUUCGGCAGCCAUGGAGUCCUCCACUUUUGUCCUGGUGCCCAUUCUCGUCCAGCUGAGCAACCGCCAGAGCCACCUCCCAGUUGGUGCAUCCUGCAUUGCCAUCGGUGUCCAACGCCUGUGCCGCAGCCAUGUCACUCCUGGCAACCCUGGGGCUGGAGCUGGACAGGGCCCUGCUCCCAGCUAGCGGCCUGGGCUGGCUUGUAGACUAUGGGAAACUCCCCCUGGCCCCUGCCCCCCUGGCUCCCUAUGAGGUCCUUGGGGGAGCCCUGGAGGGCGGGCUUCCAGGGGGGGGAGAGCCCCUGGCAGGUGAUGGCUUCUCUGAUUGGAUGACUGAACGAGUUGACUUCACAGCUCUCCUCCCUCUGGAAGCCCCACUGCCUUCCAGUGCCCUCCCUCCCCCUUCCCCAGCCCCCCCUGAUCUGGAAGCCAUGGCAUCCUUGCUCAAAAAGGAGCUAGAACAGAUGGAAGACUUCUUCCUGGAUGCCCCUCUCCUCCCACCACCUUCUCCACCCCCACCCCUGCCAUCUGCACCUGCCCUCCCUCUGCCCCUCCCCACAUUUGACCUCCCCCAGCCCCCUGCCCUGGAUACCCUGGACCUGCUAGCCAUUUACUGCCGCAGUGAGGCCGGGCCAGGGGACAUGGGCUUGCCAUCCCUGCCAGGUCCCCAGGUGGCCCCUCCUCCUCCACCGCCACCAUCCUGUCGCUCAGCCCCUUACCCCAAUCCUGCUACCGCCCGUGGGGACCGCAAGCAGAAAAAGAGAGACCAGAACAAGUCAGCGGCUCUCAGGUACCGCCAGAGAAAGCGGGCAGAGGGCGAGGCCCUGGAGGGCGAGUGCCAGGGGCUGGAGGCAAGGAACCGAGAGCUGAGGGAGAGGGCGGAGUCGGUGGAGCGGGAGAUCCAGUAUGUCAAGGAUCUGCUCAUUGAGGUGUACAAGGCCCGCAGCCAGAGGACCCGGAACAGCUAGACAGGGCUGAGGGCCCAAUGACAUCCCCCUCUGUCUUUACCCUCCUCAUCCCCCCUCACCCAUUUCUAGAUUUUUUUCCCCCUUGUAGAUGUUUAACAUCUGCGCGCGCGCGCACACACACACACACACACACACACGUCCCAGGGAACUGUGGCCCUCAGGGUGGGAGCUAUGAGCUCUGGCUCCUCAGUUCCCUUGCUUUUUCUUAUGGGGCUGGGGAUGACCCCAGGGCAUGCAUGGUACAUGGCUCCUGUUGUUCCCUUCCCACUAAGGUUCUGAGAUUUCAAGUGAGUGGUUUCUUGCAAGUGGGGUGGAGGGGCCUCAGGGCCAAGUUAAAAGGGAAAUGAGAGCAGGAAGCUACCAUGAAAAAAGAAUACAGCUUGGAAGCAGGCCAGCUUUAGGAGGGAGGGAGCCAGUCCACAGGGCCAGUGGCCAUGCCAGCUAGUGGGGAAGAGUGGGGUGCUGUAGCUGGUGGCUGGGGAAUGAGGAUCAUUUUAGCUCAGGAGAAAAUCAGUGUUUGUGAAGGUGUUGGGAAGGGCUACAUAUAAGUGAAGAGGGUGCUGGUCCAGAGUAGGGGGGAGCUAGGAGAGAAAUAAAGUUCAGAAUUUCCUCUGA